UCCGCACCUGCAGCCAGCUUCUCUCGCAAGUACCUCGACUUACGAGGUACAAGUGAUUGUCAUGACCCGUUGCAUCUUCCACAUUAUAUCCCUCCACCAAGUCACGGCCUUCCCUGCGGCAACUUCUACAUUGCCAGACGCUUGACGCACCAACACCUCCCGCCUUAGACCUCCCCAACACCAAAAACGCGGAUAGAUGGGCAAACAACCAACAGCCAAGCUGCGUCUAUUUCCAUUUGGCAUCACCGGUGUGAUAGUGUUUUGUUGGACCUCUUUUCUUCGCUUUGGGUGGCAGGUUUGACGAUGGCAAACAAGUCAGGCCCCCGACAGUCGAUUUCAAGCCAAUAACCACAGUCUUGGGUUCGUGUCACGAAGAGGUAUAAGACGGAGGACAUCUCCCGCCCUCAAACUCCCGAAAGAAACACUCUUCAUCCAGCCAGGACAUCAUCAUCAGUAGCAACAACAAUACCGACAACAAGAACAACUCUACGCCAGGCACAAAACGAAAUCUCAACCACAACUGUCACAACCACCGUCACCUCAAAGCCUACUCGUCAUCUCUCUUCCUCUUUGCUCUUUGCUCUGGAAGGACCAAAUCGCCCACCAGAUUCGGAUAUCCUGUCCAGCAGUUUACAAGCAACUCUGCACGCCGAACACACCAACACUAGCUCUACCAAACUCUCCAGAACCGAGCUCCUUUCCGCUUUUGCCUCCCAAGACUCCCCUGUCCUCAGUCACUAUGUGCAGCAGACCCAUCAUCACCUAUGCGUGCGGCCACGUCGAGGUGGGAGCACCGUGGGCUUGCGCAAGCGCCAAGACAAGGAGUCCAUGCCCGGGAGUGGUCGACAGGCCAGAGUACAAGUCUAUGCCGUGUUAUACAUGCCAGGCAAAUGGGCGAUCAUUCGACGGGCCGCGGAAAGUAGACGAGAAGCCAAGGCAGAGGCUAUGAAUAGAUCUCGCCAGACUUCUCGGAAUCACUAGGCCCACGCCUUCCAGUUCAAUUCUCUUCUACGACAGCACGAUUCCAACGAAAGCAGCAGAAAGCAGCUCGCUGGGAGCGGAUUCUGAGCUUCAACAUUCUGUUUCGUCCGCAUGCUGUUUUUUCUCUGGGUUGUUUGUUUGCUUUGUGACAAUGGACGAUCAGGGAUAUCAAACACGGGGUUUCUUAGAUUUCUUAGGGCAGUCUUCGAGUUUGCCGGCCGACACUCAUUGCGAACAAAGAUUUAUCUGCCUGUAGCUUUGCUUUUCGAGUCGACGAAUCCAAUCAUUUGAAAAUUUCAAUCACC